CGUGUGUAUGACUUUCAUGAUCUGGUGCUCCCGCCAUGCGAGUAUGGCCACGGCGAGGAGGGGCAGCAGGUCCAGCCGGUCGUACCCGAUGAUCCGGUCCCACAACCAAAACACCUGGUGGUUGGCACAGAAAUCAAUAGGCACUCACGCCACCCACGUGUACGUUGCUUGCUGCGACUGACUAUGUGCCUCUUGUGCGUCAUUUCUGGCUGACCUCAUCACUCACCUCUGUGGGCGGCAGGACACCGAUGAACCCCUGCACACCACACAUCCAAUUCGACCCAUCCAUCGGUGUGUGGGUGUGCUGUGCUGUGCCUGCAUAUGUGUGUGUCUGUCUGUCUGUCUGUCUGUAUCCCUGCCUGUACGAUCCACGGGAAGACGAGCUUCAACGGACAGUACUCGAGAGCACACAGGCGAUGAUACACCCCCUGCACCCCACCCAUGCCAUCCCAUGCGCACCGCACACACAUCCACCCAGCAUAACUAUGUCACGAUUAAUGAAGUCCUACUGGUAUGGUUGUCGCCGCCAGGCCCUCAAACAGACCGCACAAACCAACAAGCGUGCUGUCCACCUCCCUGUCCAACACGCACACACACACACACACAGACAGACAGUGAGGAAUAGAAUGUCCUCUCUCCCUCCCUUGUUCAAAUCCAUCCACUCACUCACAUGUGGCCACUUGCCAUUCUCGUCUCUCCCUCUCCGCCCACCAGGUGGCACACAGCAGCCCACGACACACCGUCCCCGCUGCUGCUGCUAUCAGGCUGUCUUGUGCCGCGAUUGUCUCUGAACAGGGAGGCCGCAUGCGAGAAGAGAGACGCCGGAGGGCUUAUGGUGUGGAAGGGGGAGGCUGGGUGGUGCUGGUGCUGGCGCUGCUGGUGCUGCGGCCGACAUGGGCAGAGUGUGUGGAGGCGGAUGAAGUAGGUCGAGUAGACGGCGCGGAACAGGGGAUACACCUCCGUCAGCUGCAAUCAGUGAAUGACACAGACAGGGAGGGAGGGCACAUGUCUAUCCAAUGAGAUGACUGACCGAGAUAUGGCUGCCCUGCCUGCCUGGUAUCUAUCACUCUCACCGACUCUGAGAGGAAGCUGAAUGGCGCGGCAUACAAUGCGUAGCCUGACAUGAAUAUUCAUGACAUCAUCACGGCCGGCAGGACGCCCACAGGCGAACGAAGAUGCAUGGACUGGACGGCUCUUCUCUCUGAUGCGAUUCGAGUCACCCUUGAAUGGCAGCACGCCGCUGGGCGGCACCAGCACCGUCCCUUUUGCGUCGUUGGCGGGGGAUGUGGCCAUCACAGGGGGGUAGGGCAGGAACUGACGUGACGUGAGAGGCGAGUGACGUGACAAUGGCAGCCAGGCGGGUACAUACCUGGCUCAUGGGGGGGAUGGCAGGGUCACGCGUCAGUGCCAGCAGCUGCACACACAUACACACACACACACACACACACAAGCCAGAUGAGCACCUCUGAAUGGCGCAUUAGUAUGCACAGGUGUGUGCGUGUGCGUCAUGUGUAUACGCACUAGAUGCUCUAUGAGCUGCUCAAAUGGGAAGUAGUGAGAGUCCCCAGUCGACUCCCCGACGUCCAACCGAUGCUACACACACACACACACACACACGCACAGGGCAUCAGCCAAAUCACCCUCCUGGUCAUCCAUGUCCUCUCUCACCACGUCAUCCAGUAUCCACUCUCUCGAGGACAGGUCGACGGCGAACUGCUGGAGGUACCGCCGUGCAUCCUCACCCUGGUCGCUGCUGACCAGUAUGGUGCGCCACACGGCGAAGCGCAAGGACGGGGGGACCCCCUGACGAGCAUACGCCCGCAGUGAGGCGCGAUCGCCCUGCACACCAUACAUACAAAGCAAAUUUGGAUGGAUGGAUGGAUGGUGGGUGCAGUGGAAGGGGGCCAGAGAGGUAUGUGUGUGUGGUUGGCACCUCACCUUCUGUAUGAGUUGUAUGCCUUGCUGCAGGUGCUCCUGCUCGCUCCUGGGGGUGUUGACGCCUCCCAACUGCAUACACAUGCAUGGACAAGCACACGGCCAACGGAACUCAGAGAUGGGGAGCUCUCCGUGUGAAUGCAAUGCACCGUCUGACCUGACUGACUGACUGACUGACCUGUGGGCUCGUUCGCAGAAGAUCAGCAUAGAUCUCGCGAUAGUACUCCAGACCCCCUGCAAACCCAAGAACCAGCAAAUGACAAACCAAACCACCGCCACCAUUGAUCCUUCCUCACUCUGCUCAAGCGCCAUAGCAGCCGUCAGUCCGCCAUGAUGCCCACACACAGCCUUGGCCGUCUUUGGUUUGGUUGCUGAUGGGCUGGGGGGGCUGGGUGGGCACCGGAGAGUGCCGUGUGCGAGAGGGGGUGGCAGGGGAGGGUGGCCCGGGAUGUUGGGAUGGCGACCUUGGCCGUCAUCCCCCUCCUGGCCGCUGGCAGUGGCCGUGCAGAGGUCCAUCACCUGUUGGUACAGCUCGGCAAGGUCGACGAGGGGUCUCGUUUCGACCUCCUCCACAUAGCCCCCGCCCGCAUGCCUCAUCGAACACCCACCAUCGUUGUUGCUGCUGCUACCUGUGGGCAUCAGGCAUCAUGGAAAACUCACUCAUGUGUCGAUCUGUCGGGCGUGUGAAGGCAUUGAUCUAGUGGUCGAUUGCAUCACCCACCUUGGGUGGAUAGCGAGUCGGAUGAUGGCGACUGUGGGCGGCCGGUGGCCGCCUGCCGGAUGUCCUCAUCCCCCUCACGCACCCUGACACACAGACAGACAGACAGACAGACAGAUGGGACGACACAGACAUGGCACCGCGUCCCAGUGAGAUCCCUCCUAAGCCCCAUCCAUCUAUGUGUGUACUUGAGAAUGGCCUGUUUCUGCUCGUGAGAAAGAAGACGCAACUCCUGCACACGGCAGUGCAGGGCAGGGCAUUGUGCGUCCAUUCAUUGUCCGUUGACGUGCUGUCUGUGCCCAUCUGUGUACCUUACCUUGAGCAUGCGCCUGCUGAAUCUGUGGGCAAUUCGGACGAGAGAUGGGUGCGCAGAGGGCGAGGGCUCGUAGUAGCUGCCUGUGGCCCCCGGUGACAAUGACAAUCCGUGGCAUCCUGGGAUGGGCGGAGGCGACGGAUAAUCUGCACACACACACACACACACACGUACGGCCGGACAGACCUUGAACGCGUCAGUCACUGGCACACAGCAGCCAGCCACUCACCCAAAGCCCUCCCUGCGACUCACCUUUGUGGCACAGCCUGGCCAUGUCCUUGUGCCGAACAUCCAUCCGCUUCAGCGCAUCCAUCGCCCACUCUCGCAGCAUAUCCGCAAAGGUCCUCCCCCCUCUCCCUCCCUCCCCACCUCCAUCACACGCAGGCCCGCCUCCCGUCGUCCUCGACGCCAGCACCCUCGCCACCAGUGCAGCUGGGCUCGGAGCCUCACCUUCAUCCGCCUCUUGUGAGUCGGCCGGCAACUGCUCAGGUGUGUCGGGGGAGGUGGGCGGACUUGCUGCUGUCGUGGUUUUGCGGAUGCUGACCACGGGAAUGGACGGCUGUGGCGCACACAUGAUGCUCCGCGAGGCGUCGGCUGAAAGAGAGCGAGAGAUCUUUGGGUGAAGCGUGUUGGCAUACACUGCAGCCCUUGCCUACCUGUGUGGUUUUCUGCCGUCCUGGGCGCAGAGUCGCCGUCGGUGCCGUGAUGGUCAUCGUUGAGUUCGUGCUGCAGGCGGGCGAUGAGAUCUCUGAAGCAUGAAGGCGGGGCUGAAGCCGCAGACGGCCCGCACAGCUCACUGAUCAACGCAUCCACGAGAUCAUCCAUCUCCUUCGUUCGCCUCCGCCAUCUAGCUCGCCAAUGGGCACCGAUCUCGAGAUCUAGGCCACACUUCGCUCCGCGAAUGCAAGUCGACAGUUCAUCGCAACGCAACAUGACAUGCGACAAGUGAAUCGUGACUCGGUCCGUCCCAUUCCAUCGCAGUCAACCAACACAUGAAGGUUCGACAUGUGAAUGCACUCACUGUCAUGUCCAUGCAGAGAGACUAUACAGUAUCAACGUGGUCAACUAUACAGCUCCCUCACCCGACCCGACCCGUCGGCCGGCAAAACCCUCACAUAACUAACACUAACACUGACAUACACACACUGACUGCACCACUGCACUGCACGCAUUCCGUGAGUGAGCAUCACACUCGUGCGUCACUCAGUAAGAGGCCCGCACAGACACACCACACACACCUCACACAAGACGCCAUCCUCUCACUCAGUGGAAAGAGUGAGCCCUUCACAGACACACACGUAGAUAGACAAAUGCACACACACACACACACACACGCACAGACAAUGUUAUAUCAUCCGCUUAGCCCAUCGCUCCCUCGCUCCCUCUCUGCGUGGCCCCAGGCACUUCAUGCAGAGGGCAGCCAUUCAACACACAAACACACACACACACACAUACGCAUUCACGCGCACGAUCGCGCCAACCCACACAAUGCGACGACUGCGCUUCCCACACUCUCACUCUCGC